AUGGUCACCUGGCGAGCCUCCAUCAUCCGCGAGACAGUACCUGGUAGUAAAUUUAUCACUCUCAGAGAUUGCCUACCACUGCUUGAAAAUGGCCGCGAGCUCGAUGACGCUUUCAUUGACGAUACACUUCGCUCCAUGGCCAAGUACGCUGGUAUCGACGUCAUCGAGGCCUUUCUCAAAGAUGUGGCCAAGAUCAACAGCAAGGUCCCAGACGCCGAUAUCCAACGUUACUGCAACAUUGUUCUUGAUUCGAGCGUCUCAACUCUCGAGAAUGUCAGUUGGUAUCACUUGAGAUCCAUGCGAAAGAUACUACAGCAUCAUCUGUCGGUGGCUGAGCCUGCGAUCCGCGAGUACUGUCUCAAGAAGCUGGAGGUUCGGAAAGGAAAAGUUCACGACGAUGAGGUUGGAGACUUCGUUCUAAUAUCUCAAACGUUUGGAGAGGAAGUCUUACCCCUCCUUCUCCCGCACCUGGGCGGCUUCCUAAACGAUCUCCCCUGGAUAGUCCAACUGCUCAUCCAAGUCAAAGACUCGGAGGAGUGGGCUUCAGAAACUUUCCUCCCACAACUCAGCGCCACCGCCAUCGAACCCGCCAUCGAGCGAGCGAAACUAGUAGUCUCUAGACCAGACAUACCCGUCGGCGAAAUGAUCCGCGAUUCCUUCCCCUUCCGCAAAAACAAAGCUCCAGUUCGCGGCACCAAUGAGGGAGACCGUGGUGUCACGAUGGAGGAGUUGAAGUUGCUGAUCCCGCUCCUCAAACACCUAGCGCUAGAUCAUAUUGUGGAUCGGCUGGCGCAGAGGAUGCUGAUGGACUUUGUUGACCUCGAUCUCGAGAGCUUCCGCGACGUGCUCGGCGAGGAGAAGACUGAUGAGAUGAUUGAGAAGAAGAGGGCGAUUGAAGAGGCGAAGGAGGCGAAGAAAAGGAAGGCUGCUGAUGAUGGUGUAAGGGGGAAGAAGAAGAAGGGAAGAGGAGGUCGGCGAUGA